ACGCGGCACUCGCGAGGACGUUAGCCCGCCGACCGCCGGCCGCCGCACACGCGUAGCGCGACAAUGCCCCGCGCCCGUCCCAUGUGUUAAACUAAACUGUUUCUGUGCCUGUGCCUGGAUAACUCUCGUUCACUAUGGGUGAAUCGCUGCUGAAGGAGGAUCCUCUGUCCAGGAUCCAGAGGGAGAUAAUUGAGGUCACAGAAAGAGAAAGAGAAUUCAAGGAAGGGCACUUCAGGGUGAACAGAUUGCUGUCGGAGUCAACGAUCGAGGUGAACCACCAGAAUGGUCACAUGAAUGGCGACGUGGAGAAAACGCCGCGCACGCUGAACCGCGCCGUGUCCACGUCGCAGCUCCUCGGGCCCAUCGCCCCCUCCCCGCCCACGCCGCCAUCCUUACUCAACACAAACGGCUACACGAGACGCUUCACACCUCAGAACGGAACCAAAGGCAUCAUGCAGAGGUUCAUAGCCAACAAAGGGAAACUCCCUGCCAACUCACCCAUGACGCCCACAUCGCCUGUCGCGUUCGCGCCUCCUCUAAUCUUCACACCUUCCCCUGUAGUCGCCCCUAUCAGCCCUGCGACGCCUAUCAUCACACGCACGCCCGAAGGAAAACCCGUGCGAAAAGGAUACGUACCUGUUGAGGAGAAAAUCCAGAAAGAACUUCAAGAGAUGAAGGAUAGAGAACACGAACUGAAACGCAUGAGGAAGAAGCAGAGGCCGUUCGAUUUAGAACUGAGCGACAACGAGACCAGCUCCGAGUCUGAAGACGAAGAAAUCCCGAUGCCAGGGAAAUUAAAGGCGACUAAAUCUAUAGGAGAAUUGUACGAGGCUUUAAAUGAUGAGCUACGGUCGCCGUCACCGAGGAACAGCUCAGGCCAUGAGUCUAUAGGAAGUUUGAAGCCGGCAAAAUCAUUAGCCGAGCUGUGUGAACUGGGACCGGGACAGGAAUUCCUUGCGCCCAGUUCGACAAGACUCAUCGCGCAGUGGGAGUCCAUCAUACAGCAGAAACAUGAAACCGGUGCGGCCUAACCGAUGUCACGAGAUAUCGUAUGAUAAGUUCAAUGUGAUCGUCGCUCGGACGCGGCGCCGAAAUGUGUGUGGGUUUUGGUAACUUUAUCUAGUGCGAAACACGAUACGGUACAGCGGACAGUCUAAUGAGCAGGUCGCGAGUGCGAGUGAACGCCUGGUGAAGAAAUUACAGCGGUUUUUGUCGCAGUCUUCAGCUGAUCGAUUUCUUUCAUCGAUCAGUCGCGGCGCGCAAUUAAUUUUCUCCCGAUCGCGAACAAUGCAAAUGAUGGUUAUCCGUAACAGCAAUUAUCUCGUGCAUGCGCUGUUGGAAAGCGGCCGAUACAUGAUCCGAACUCCUCGAAGUGUGAGUAAGUUUCUUCCUAUUGUUUGGUAGCUAAAUACUGAAAAACCUGGGUGUUUUGCGUCGCUUUCCCAGUCCGCGGGACGCGUCGGCGCCAUUGUGCCGGCUUUCUUGGCGCUGUGAGAAAACUUAUAUGAUCGUAAAAACCGAUGAUUAGCCGGGAAUUCGCUCCCAGUGCCACAAUAAAGCGAUUAAUAACGCUAUUCAGCAUGACGCUGAUUGUUUUCUGUUUCCCGCGUGUCACUGUACAUACGUGUGGUCAUUGCGUACGCCAAUAAUCGUUAUUCAUCGGUCGAAAGAUUAGGGAACUUUCUACUUCCACACAGUAGGAGAUUUAUGGAUGGGCAACAAAUGA